UCUUCUCAUUCCAUCCCACAAAAAUUGAGAUUAAAAAUAUUGAUUAGAUUCAGACGGAGCUGGUGGGAUUCUAGAACUUUUUGCCAUGCCAUUCCCAAUAAUAAAACUUAAAAAGGUUCAAUUAAGAGCCCUUGUAGAUAAGUUAAAAAAAAAGAAGAAAGCUCUGGUAGAUUGGGAGGUGUGGUCAGUGUGGAUGUGAAGAUGAUGAUGUUGGCGCAGAGAAUAAUUUCUUGAAGCAAUUAAAUAGUAGGGGGAAGAAGCAAACGUGUCCGUCUCUGCCUCGUAAAAUAAUCAUAAAAAGAAAGAAAGAAGAGAGACAUGCAAAAGAGCAAGAAUAGCAAACAAUUAGAUCGACGAGAAAAUAGCAAAUCCAGACCCAAAAUAGGAAACAAGAAACCAUACAUAGAAAAUAGGAAGGUGGGCAAAUGCUAGAAUCGAGUGGCUGUAAAUCAAACAGCCUGAGAUUUACAUGGGGAGCGGGACUCUUGUGGACUUUGUUCGUCGCUGGUUUCAUCGCCGCAACACUUCUUCAUCGUCAUCAUCAUCUUCAGAUACUAUUAUUAGUGGCCACCCACAAUCAUCGGCUACUAGUGUGCGUGAAAGGCGAAGAAGCGAAGGAGGUGGAGAGCAGGAGAAUCCGUUAACGGUUAUUGAGGAUUUUGAUCUCUCUGGAUUAAAGCACAUUACAGUUCCCCAACAAAUUACCCAUUUCGCUUUUGGCUCUACUACUACCAUGGAUGCACACAAGAAGGGCUCUGCUGAAGCAGAAUUCUUCACUGAGUAUGGAGAGGCAAGUCGAUAUCAAAUACAAGAAGUCAUUGGGAAAGGCAGUUAUGGUGUUGUUGGCUCUGCAGUUGACACUCAUACUGGAGAAAAGGUUGCAAUCAAGAAAAUUAAUGAUGUUUUUGAGCAUGUUUCUGAUGCCACACGUAUUUUGAGAGAAAUUAAGCUUCUUCGGUUGCUUCGACAUCCUGAUAUUGUAGAAAUAAAGCAUAUAAUGCUUCCUCCUUCACGUAGAGAAUUCAGAGAUAUCUAUGUUGUUUUUGAGUUGAUGGAAUCUGAUCUUCACCAAGUAAUUAAGGCAAAUGAUGAUCUUACUCCUGAGCAUUAUCAGUUUUUCUUGUACCAGCUUCUUCGUGGUCUGAAAUAUAUACAUACAGCCGGUGUGUUUCAUCGAGAUUUGAAGCCAAAGAACAUUCUUGCUAAUGCCGAUUGCAAACUGAAGAUAUGUGAUUUUGGUCUUGCUCGAGUAUCUUUUAAUGAUGCCCCAUCAGCUAUUUUUUGGACUGACUAUGUAGCAACAAGGUGGUAUCGAGCUCCUGAACUUUGUGGCUCUUUUUUUUCUAAAUACACCCCCGCUAUUGAUAUUUGGAGCAUAGGAUGCAUAUUUGCUGAAUUGCUUACAGGGAAACCAUUGUUUCCUGGGAAGAAUGUGGUGCAUCAAUUGGAUCUCAUGACUGAUUUGCUUGGCACUCCUCCUUCUGAAUCCAUUUCAAGAAUUAGGAAUGAAAAGGCAAGAAGGUACCUUAAUUGCAUGCGGAAGAAACAACCAGUUCCAUUCUCACAGAAGUUCCCUAACGCAGAUCCUUUGGCUCUACGCCUACUUGAACGCCUACUUGCAUUUGAUCCUAAAGAUCGUCCAACAGCUGAAGAGGCAUUAGCUGAUCCUUAUUUUCAAGGUUUGUCAAAUGUUGAUCGUGAGCCAUCAUCCACGCAACCCAUUUCAAAGCUGGAAUUUGAGUUUGAGAGAAGGAAAUUGGCAAAAGAUGAUGUGAGAGAACUGAUCUACAGAGAGAUAUUGGAGUAUCAUCCUCAGAUGCUACAGGAGUACCUUCGAGGUGGAGAACAAACAAGCUUUAUGUACCCAAGUGGUGUUGAUCGAUUCAAGCGGCAAUUUGCACAUCUUGAGGAGCAUUAUGGUAAAGGUGAAAAAGGCAACCCAGUCCUAAGGCACCAUGCUUCCUUGCCUAGACAACGUGUUCCUGUUCCCAAGGAGGAGACUUCUGAGAAAAACAAUGAUAUAGAGAGGGAAACUUCAACUUCUGUUACAACUAAUGAUUCAGAAAAUGCAACAGUAACACAGAAUGGCUCUUCCAAAGCAAACCACUCUGCUCGUGGCUUAUUGAAGAGUGCUAGCAUUAGUGCUUCCAAGUGUAUAGGAAUGAAACCAAGAACAGAUCCAGAGGACACAAUUGAUGAGGUCAAUGAUGAGUCUGUCAAUGUUGACUUGUCUCAUAAGGUUGCAAACAUCCAUAACUGAUGCCUGAUAUUUGUUGUAACCUCUUCUAGAGAUUCGGAUGGCUUAACCUCUUAAUCUGCACAUUUCCCUCCAUUAUAUGAGAACAGAGGUGUUUCUCAAUGACCUACAAAGAGGAUGAGGUAGAAGCUAACAGUAGAACUUCAUUGGCAUAGUUUCACCUCACCUGUGUUGCUGGAUUACAGAGAAGAGAUGCUUUCUUGUUAAUAGCUCCAUCUGUAAUCUUUUGUAUCUGGGCAGAAGUCUACCUGCAUUUUGGACAAACAGCAUAGUAUAUAUAUUAUAUAUAUUUUCUUUCUUUCUUUUGCUUAGUGUGAUGCCAGGAAAGAACAAAUUUGGUCUGAAGAGUGGCAUUGUCUUAAUUUAAUGAUAAUUAUAGUAAAAUUUCGAUUCUUGCA